AUGGUCCGCCCACAUAGCUCCAUCCUUCGGGGAGCUCUGCGUACCAUUCAACCUCGCCCAGCUACGGGCAUCCCACAGCAAAGACUUUUUGCCGCCUCUGCACGAUGCCGCGCCAACGAAAAGCAGCAAGCUUCCUUCAAGAGCCAGCUCUAUGAAAGCACCCAGCAGCGUCUGAAGCGCGAGCGCGCGGAGCAGGAGCGCUUCGCUCAAUAUCAGACUCAAUCGUCUGGUGGUCGCUAUGCUGCCAUGAUGUUCGCUUUGAUCUUCUUCUCAUCCGGCGCUUAUUACCUCGGAUCCCUCAAACCUGCUGCCCUCCCCACCUCCUCUACUACCUCCCUUGCAGACCUCGAGCCCCCCAAGCACAAUGUCUCCCAGUCCAAUCUACAGGCCGCUUGGUCCGACUUUGUCGAGAUCCUCGGCAAAGAGAACGUCUCAACCUCCCCCGGUGAUCUCGAGACGCAUGCUGGCUCUGACUGGUCCUCUUAUACUCGCAAGGAGGACGAGAAACCCUUCCUCAUCCUCUAUCCCGCCUCUACCGAGGAGGUCUCACGUAUCAUGAAAGUUUGUCAUCAGCGCGUCAUUCCCGUUACCCCGUACUCGGGCGGAACCAGUCUGGAGGGCCACUUUGCAUCCACUCGUGGCGGCGUAUGCAUUGACUUCCGUCGUAUGAACCGCAUUUUGGACCUUCACAAGCGUGAUUUGGAUGUCGUGGUCCAGCCCGCCGUUGGCUGGGAGGACUUGAACGAGGAACUCGCCAAGGAUGGCCUUUUCUUCCCCCGGACCCCGGUCCCGGUGCCAUGA